AUGAAUAUAAAAGAGUCACCUCUCAUUACGUUCGUUAAAAGACAUUCGGAGACACAUUUUGCCAAUAUCAAGUACGGAUAUUAUGUGUUGAUAAUAUCAUUAGCUUAUCUCGUUGCGUUAGCUCUUUUGAGAGCUUUCGGAACGAGAACCCCAUCUAGAUCAGCGUCAGCUAUCAAAAAUAAGAUGGUUUAUCGGUUGUAUUAUAUGGAUCCUGCAAUUCAUUUGGGUAUAUUGUUUUUUGCACUUCUAGUUCCAUUUUACUACCAUUACUCUUUAACCACCCAAUCUACGGUCUAUUUGAAAAGAUUAGGGAGAUUGAGUUAUGCCUUAAUCCCAUUGAACCUAUUCCUCACCUUGAGGCCUAAUUGGAUCCUCAGGAAAAACUGCACCUACACUGACUUUAUACCGUUCCAUAAAUGGUUUUCACGUGUUAUCACCGUAAUUGGUUUGCUUCAUGGGAUUUUUUUUAUCAUUAAAUGGGCGAUUGACGAUAGUGUUUCCCUAAAGCAGAAAUUGAUUUUAAAGACUUUCAAUUUUGUUGGGUUUAUAGUAUCAAUUUUGGUGGUUUGUCUGCUCAUUUGCUCGAUUGGACCAAUGAGAAGGUACAACUAUCGUCUCUUUUACAUUGUGCAUAACCUAGUUAACCUUGCGUUCAUCUUACUCAUCCCAAUACACUCGAGGCCGGGUGUUAAAUUCCCAUUUCUUUUACUCAACUGUAUCCUAUUAUUUGUUCACAUGAUCAAUAGAGUAAUAUUUGCGAAACCCUUGACAGUUUUGAGUAAGAAUGCGAAUUAUUCAAAAACAAACUUAGUUCAUGUGAGAUUGCCUAGGGCAGUUCUUCCAGAUUUUUUUGAACCUGGAUCACAUAUUAGAAUAAGCCCUUACGGAAAAAUUAAUCCACUUUACUGGUUGCUACCAUCACAUCCAUACACAAUUGCGUCUUUGGCAGAGGACGAUACAAUUGAUCUUAUCAUAAAGGAAACCUCGACAGCGGAGCCAGGUGGCCAGAUAGAAUCUCUUCGUAGCAAUCCGAAAUCCUUUCAUUUAGAUCAAGAAAGAACCUACACUUUAAUUAGUAGUUAUCCUCCCUCUGUACCCGAAGAAUGUUUCUCUCAAGGUACGAAUAUAGCCAUUGUAUGCGGUGGGUCUGGUAUAUCCUUUGCCCUACCGCUAUUUAGGUAUUUUUUUAACAAGGAGAAUAUAAAAUACUUGAAAAUGAUCUGGUUGAUAAAGGAUUACUCUGAAUAUGAAAUUGUUUUGGAUUACCUAAGAACAAAUGGUUUGACUUUCGAAAAGAAGCUCUCAAAUAACAAGAAGUUUUCAGUGUUUAUUAGUGGGGAGUACUCGGCGGAAACGCGAUUGGACGAAACUACGAAUAAUAUCGAUGAUGAAAACUCCGAGUACGAAAUGGGUUCUUUCAACAAUGAAGACGAAGACCUUUCGAUUUCUAAUUUCAAUUCAGAAAAUGCGUACAGCAAUGAUAAUACGCCAGAGACAAGUCACAGCCCCACAGAUGAUAAUGGGAGCUUGAUCGAAGUAAAAUCUAAACACAGUUUUACUCUUUUCAACGAAUUGAAGAGCUUCCAUGAUGAAAGCACACAAGUGAACGAAAAUGAAACAUGGCUGUUUUCAUGUGGCCCUUCAUCGUUAUUACAAUUGACCAAGAAAUAUUGUAACGAUGAAAAAAUCAACUUUGUCUGUGAGACUUACGGAUUAUGA